UGGAGUGACAGCUCCAAAAUUGGUCAAUUAUAAACGAAUUUAUACACCAAGGGAUAUAAUUGAUGAUAUUAGAGAAUAUUAUGGUGUUGAAAUAUCUUACCAGCAAGCAUGGCGUGCUAAAGAACGUGCACUCUCCAUGAUUAGAGGAAAACCAUCUGCUGGAUAUAGACGGAUGCCGCGAUACAUACACAUGUUAAAAACUGUGUAUCCAGAUUCUUAUAUAAGAAUGCAUAAGACUGAAGAGGAUGAAUUUAUGUAUCUGUUCAUCGCCUUAAGACCAUUCAUUAGGGGAUUUAAAUACUGCAGACCAGUAGUUGUUGUGGAUGGUGCACAUCUGAGUGGAGCUUACAAAGGGACAUUUGUAUCAGCAAGCACACUUGAUGGCGCAGGUUGCAUAUUUCCAUUGGCAUAUGGUGUUGUUGACACCGAAAAUGAUUGUUCGUGGACAUGGUUUUUCGAACAGUUCAAACAUGCAUUUGGCGAUAGAAAAGAUAUGUGUGUUGUUUCAGAUAGAAAUGAGAGUAUCAUGAAGAGUGUAAGGAUUGUGUUCCCCGAUGUACCUCAUUAUGCAUGCAUCUGGCAUCUUUGGAAGAAUGUAUGUGGAAACUUCAAAAGGAGCAGAAAGGCCAUAAGUGAUCUAUUCUACUCUAUGGCCAAGGCAUAUAGAAAGGAAGAUUUUGAUAAGUUGAUGGCUAAGGUUGAUAGAAUUGAUCACAGGGUUAAGGAGUACCUUGAAUAUGCAGGUUACGAAAAGUGGUCAAGAGUUCAUGCAACAGUAAACAGAGGUAGAAUGAUGACUUCAAACAUUGCAGAAUGUAUCAAUGGUUGUCUUGUUGAAGCACGCCAAUUAACUAUAUUAGAAUUCUUGGAAGAGGUUAGAAUUCUUUUUGGAUCUUGGCAUUGCAAAAACAGAGAAGUAGCCUCAUACACAAAGGACACAUUAGGUAGAAAAUUUGAGGAAUUGUUGAUUAUAAACGCGGCUAAAAGUUCAAAAAUGGAGGUUGUUCCAUCAUCUGAGUUUAUUUUCUCAGUUUAUGAAAAUGGAAGAAGAUAUAUUGUUUGUCUUGAGCGGAAAGUAUGUUGUUGUGGUAGAUUUCAACUAGAUGAGAUACCUUGUUCACAUGCAAUCGCUGUAUUGAAAAAAAAGAAUGUCACCGAUAUGAAUCCGUAUUGCUCUGAUUAUUACAAGCCUGAUGCGUUGGCAAAAACAUAUGAAAUUCCAAUGGUGCCAAUGCCAGAUAAGAAAGAUUGGUCAGAUCCUAAACACGUGGUAGCUGAAACUGUGUAUCCACCUAGAUACAGAAGAUCAUCUGGACGACCAAGAAAAAGAAGAAGAAAGAAUGCAGAUGAAAAGAUUUCGGUGAACACAAACUGUUGUGGACAAUGUGGACAAGAAGGGCACAACAGAAGAACUUGUACUUUCUACCCAAAAGAGAAGUGAAUUUGUCGUAA